UUCAGCUUAAGUUAAGCUUUUCUCCAAUUUUUUUAUAAAAUGAUGAAAAACUUAAAGUUACCCCUAUGAUCAUAAUAGAAUAUUCCCAUAAACUUUUAGAAUCUUUGUGAAUUUUCUUUACUCAACUUCAUCAUACUUCCAUUUAUAGAACACACCUUUGUCCUUAAUAAAUGAUUUGGGCGAGAUUAUUUGUCGAAAAAUACACCAAGGUGAAUUAUCCUAACGCUGCUUAGAAUCCUUGACCUGGAGUAACCUCAACCCAAGGUCAAAAGCUAACGUCAACGUUGAAAAGUGUGUUGGUGUUACACCAUAACCCAUGCGGGGUACUUGCGAACGAAUUUGCAGUGAGAAAAACGUUAAAAUGACAUAUUCAUCAUAUUAGACGUUUACUGUGAUCAGAAACGUUUUGCGGUCUUUUCUAGGGUCUUUUCAGAUUGAUACUUCAACCGUUGCGUUUGCCAGCGGUGGUUGUGGUUGUUAGUGGAAACAUGGCGGCGUCCGUCAGACUUGUGUCGGUUGAUUAUGAAGUUUUCGGCAAAGUGCAAGAACACGAAGAGGACGGCUGACCGGCUGGGACUGGUGGGCUGGGUGAAGAACGAAGUGAAGUCACGGCCGGGGCAGGCGGCGCUGAAAACUGUGGUGGGGCAGGUACAGGGGGAGGAGACCAAGGUGUCCAUCAUGAAGAAGUGGCUGAGAGAGACGGGAAGCCCCAAGUCCAAGAUCACAGACGCACACUUCAGAAAUGAAAGCAUCAUUGACAGACUAGAAUUUGCAUCCUUUGAUAUUAGAAAGUGAUGACUGACCAACCUUUCUGUACUAGUACAUGAUGUACAUACCUUUCCUGGGGAGAUUGGAAGUGUGAUGUGUGACUGGGCCAAAAUAUUUAUGACUUGUACUUGCAAGAGACGAUUGUACAUUUUAUUUUUAUUCGCCUUAUGUAAGUUAUCAUUACUAUCCAGAGAACAAUGUUGAUUACUGAACUGUAACCCUGCAACAGUAGAAAUAUAAUCAAUUACUAGCACUGGUACAAGUACUUUGUUGGACUACAGGUAAACCUGUUGAGGUGAAGGUAUAUAUGAAUGAAAAGAUCCACAAAUAAAUCGUCUUGAAGCAGG